CAGUGACACACCGAUUCCAUAUCCACCCCCCACCACAAAUCUUUCUCACACAGCCCUCUGGGCCAGGGCCAGGCGCUGAAAUCAAUAUGAAGUGAAUUACACACAAGAGCCAUCCUGGUUUAGUAAAAUCACUCCUCAGCGGGGCUUGGUGCUCAAGAUCUUCAACUAUGUUCAACCUUUUCAUUGCUGUGACUGCGUUAAUUCCAAUCGUUGUUCGAGGAUCGUUACCUCCAGAAGACAAUGUCUUGCACAUUGGUGGCAUAUUUCCUAUUGCUGGAGAGGGCGGAUGGCAGGGAGGGCAGGCAUGCAUGCCAGCAGCGAACCUGGCCCUGGAUGAUGUGAAUAGUCAAAAAGAUUUACUACCUGGAUUUACUUUGAAGUUACAUUCAAAUGAUAGCGAGUGCGAGCCAGGACUGGGAGCAUCUGUUAUGUACAAUUUAUUAUACAACAAACCUCAGAAGUUGAUGUUAUUAGCUGGCUGCAGUACAGUUUGUACCACAGUUGCGGAAGCUGCUAAAAUGUGGAAUUUGGUAGUUUUAUGCUAUGGCGCUUCAUCACCAGCUUUAUCAGAUCGUAAUCGUUUUCCUACACUGUUCAGAACUCAUCCAUCAGCCACAGUACAUAAUCCAACGAGAAUCAAGCUACUCCAAAAAUUUGGAUGGUCUCGAGUUGCCAUUUUACAGCAAGCCGAAGAAGUAUUCAUCUCUACCGUGGAAGACUUGGAAGCACGAUGCAAGGAAGCUGGAAUUGAAAUUGUAACACGCCAGAGCUUUUUGUCAGACCCUGCGGAUGCAGUAAGAAAUUUACGUCGUCAAGAUGCCCGAGUAAUAGUGGGCUUAUUUUACGUGGUUGCAGCAAGACGAGUACUGUGCGAACUUUAUCAUCAAAAGCUUUACGGCAAGAGUUACGUAUGGUUUUUUAUCGGCUGGUACGAGGAUGACUGGUUUGAAAGGAACUUAGAUAAGGAAGGCAUAACUUGUACGAAAGAACAAAUGCGACAGGCGGCAGAAGGCCAUUUGACGACCGAAGCCCUUAUGUGGAACCAGAAUAAUCAGAAAACAAUUAGCGGAAUGACUUCAGAGGAUUUCAGACAAAGAUUGAAUGACAUGCUGAAAGCACAUGGCUAUGAUAUCGAUAACAAUAGAUAUCCCGAGGGUUAUCAAGAGGCACCUCUUGCUUAUGAUGCUGUCUGGUCUGUAGCUCUGGCAUUUAACAAAACAAUGGAAAAACUGAAUAGACUUGGUAAGAGUUUGAAAAAUUUCACUUAUACCGAUAAAGAGAUAGCCGAUGACAUUUAUUCAGCUAUAAACUCAACACAAUUCCUUGGAGUUUCUGGAUAUGUAGCAUUCAGUUCCCAAGGAGAUCGAAUUGCUUUGACACAAAUAGAACAGGUUGUAGGUGGGACGUACGUGAAACUUGGAUACUAUGACACUCAAAGUGAUAAUUUAACGUGGCUGGACAAGGAGCGAUGGAUUGGUGGAAAAGCCCCACAAGAUCGAACAAUUGUUCGAAGAGUCCUGCGCACAGUAUCUUUGCCCUUAUUCAUAUGCAUGGGUACAGUAUCAUCGGCAGGAAUCGUAAUAGCGAUGGCUUUGAUCGUUUUCAAUAGUUGGAACAGACAUAGGAGAGUGAUCAUGUCAUCGCAUCCAAUUUGCAAUACAAUAAUGUUAACGGGUGUUAUCACCUGCUUAAUAUCUGUAUUUUUACUGGGAGCUGACGGGCGAUUUGUAGAACCGUCCGAGUAUCCGAGCAUUUGUCAAGCUAGGGCUUGGAUGUUAUCCACUGGAUUUACCUUGGCAUUUGGAGCGAUGUUUAGUAAAGUCUGGAGAGUACAUAGGCUGACGACCAAAACUAAAGCCGACCAAGCUAAGUUAUUUUUGGUUAAACAAAAAGUUUCAUCUAUACAGAAGAAAAUUCAGCCGUGGAAGCUUUAUACAAUGGUGAGCGCACUCCUGACAAUCGAUGUUAUAAUUCUGAGCGCAUGGCAGUUGUUAGAUCCACUGCAGCGACGCAUAGAGGUCUUCCAAUUAGAGCCGUCUUUGUAUGGAGAUGAUGACGCCAGGAUUAGACCGGAAUUAGAGCACUGCGAAAGUGAUCAUAACAUAAUAUGGCUCGGUUUAAUAUACGGGUAUAAAGGCAUUGUAUUGGUAUUUGGUCUAUUUUUGGCCUAUGAGACACGCAGUAUUAAAGUGAAGCAGAUUAACGAUUCACGUUAUGUGGGAAUGUCAAUUUACAAUGUCGUAGUAUUAUGCCUUAUCACAGCCCCGGUAACAAUGGUGAUUGCAAGUCAACAAGAUGCGAGCUUUGCCUUUGUUGCAUUAGCUAUCAUAUUUUGCUGCUUUCUAAGCAUGGCUUUAAUAUUUGUACCCAAAGUUAUUGAAGUUAUACGGCAUCCAAGGGAUAAGGCAGAAUCUAAGUAUAAUCCUGAUGUUGGUAUAUGCAAGGAGGAUGAAGAAAGAUAUCAGAAGUUGUUAAUCGAAAAUGACGAGUUGCAAAAGCUUAUUGCAGCGAAAGAGGAGAAAAUCAGAAUGUUGAAACAGCGAUUAGCCGAGAGGGAUGCGACUAAGGGUGGCCCAAUAAACAUUCCGAAGGAUUCCUUGAUUGUAGCAGACUUUGUAACUGGAGAAGGAACGUCUGAUAGUGCGAUUGAAACGGACCACGCUGGGUGACUGGGGGCUGUCGUCCUUUAGAUGAAAAGUUAUUAGAUAAAGAAACUAACUAAAAGAUUUUUAGCCAGCUAUGCAAUUCUACUUGUAUACCUUAAAACCAACUAUGUACGUUAUUGGUUUUGACUAUGGUGAUAUGACUACAGAGAAGAGCAAUUUUUUUAAUUCAAAAUGUCCUUCACUACUUGCCAUAUGCUUACUAAUAGUGGUCUUACAAAAAUAUAGUAGAGUCAGUUAUCCAACGAAAUCAUACGAUUUGUUCAUCUUCACUUUACAAAUAAAUUUGACAUUAAGUAUCAUAUAUAUAAUAAGCAAUACGAUUUUUCCUCAUGUUAUAACUUCAAACGAUAAAAGAUUAGCAAAAUGUAAAAUGGGUCAAUGCCAAAGUUUGAUUUUGGUAUCUAUAUUACGUAUGAUCAUAAUAGUUUUGCUUAAAUAUUUAUUUUGAAAUAUAAAUAUGACAAGUAACAAUUUACUACAAGUCUUGAAUAUUUCAAAAACAUCUAAGUUGUUAUUGUGAUUUGACUGCAAUUGAAAAAUCCAACAUAGUUGAUAUAAAUUUAGACAACAUGUUUAGUAUAUUAGUAGGUAUACCUGAAUAAUCGGCUAAAAUAUAACAAUUAGGAUCUAGGGGAUGUUAUUAUACUGUCAAUUGAUAAAAAAUAGUAUGUUUUCUGUUAUUAUUUUUUUUUUUACGUUUUUUCAUUUAGAUUAUAAAAAAUUAUACCAAGUUCGACGAAAAAUAGACAAUGAUUUGCUAUUUCUAUUUGCAUUGUGUCAACGACGAUACUUGAGGUGCUUAUAGUAACAAUUACGCACAGAUGCAUAGACAGCUGUUCAAUUCAUUAAUUUGUUGCAGAAAUUCUGGUUUGUAAUAUUUUAAAUUCGAAAUUCGAUAUCACGAAGUUAAUGAGAUUUAUGUUGUUUUUUCUUACGCUCAAUUUACUGAAUCAGCGAUAGCUCAUGAGUUUUUUUUUCUUAUGGCUCACGUGAUUUAGGUAUACAUUAAAGAACUAUGGUGUUCCAAAAUUUCCACCUCAGACUUAUACAUAUGAAAUUAGAUUUCGACUUACACUCCAACUAUUGUUCAUCACAUUUUGAGGGUUAGUUAUGAUUUCUGAGUACGAUAUUCUAUAUACUUAUUAUUUCAAUCUAAUUAUAAUGUAUGUUAUGAGAAAUUGGAGCAUUGUUGGGGUUUUACAAAUUUUAAACAAGUAAUAUCAAACGUUGAAGAAAGUAAUAUAUAUAUUAAUACAUGUAUAUGUACGUUAUAGAAAAUAGGAGUUUUUAUUGAGUGUUUCUACAUGAAAUUGAAUUACAUAAAUAUUGGAUAUUACAUAAGAAAAACUCUGUGAAAAUAUUGUUUUACGGUAAUAUCAUUUUAUUGUUCUGAUGCAAUAUUUAUAUCGAGAUACCUAUAAUUUCGAGAAAACAACUGAGGUAAUUCUUUCAUUUGCUGAUAUACACAAAAAAAAACUGGAACGUUUAUUUCGUUCGAUAACAAUAUAAUUAUAAAUAGAAGUAUUCGGAAAGAUUCUAUAUGAAUAUUUCAACUCCACGGAACUAGACUAAUAGAUCAUUUUCUUAUAAGACAAUAUGUGUCAAUAAAGCGAGUAUAAUUCAA